AUGGGUAUCACUCGUGAUUCGCGCCACAAGCGCGCCGCCACAGGUGCUCGACGAGCUCACUACCGUAAGAAGAGAAAGUUUGAGCUUGGACGACAGCCCGCCAUGACCAAGCUCGACUCUUCCAAGCGAAUCCACACUGUCCGAACCCGAGGCGGUAACGUCAAGUACCGUGCUCUCCGAUUGGACACUGGAAACUUUGCUUGGGGUUCUGAGGCUAUCACCAGGAAGACCAGGUUGAUUCAGGUCCGAUACAACGCCACCAACAACGAGCUUCUCCGAACUCAGACUCUUGUCAAGGGCGCCGUUGUCGACAUUGACGCUACCCCCUUCCGACAGUGGUACGAGUCCCACUACGCUCAGCCCGCUUUCCGAGGUGCCAAGCUCGCCGAGGAGGAGGCCGACAAGAAGCAAUCCAACCACGUCAAGCGAGUCCUUGAGGAGCGCAAGACCGUUGCCAAGCUCGACCCCAUCCUUGAGCAACAAUUCAAGGCCGGUCGACUUUUGGCUGUCAUCUCCUCUAGGCCCGGCCAGAGCGGACGAGCCGACGGUUACAUUUUGGAGGGCAAGGAGUUGGAGUUCUACCACCACAAGCUCCAGGUCCGAAAGGCCAAGCACGCCGCCUAAGUCAACCGAAAGAGGGUCGAUUUUGGUGUCUUGUGAAGCUUUGUAUUCGAGAUGGAUACGAUUCAGAAACCAUAUGUUGCAGGCGUGGCUUUCGCUUAUCAUCCGACACUUUUCGUCCUCUCCAAUCCACAUCUCCACAUACCUCGACGCAUCGACAGUUUCUCAACAUCCAUCCUCCCCUCUCCCGUCACCUGUGCGAUUCGUUCGGCGUCAUGCGGUUGGCGGAAAAGUUUUUCAAGCGGCGACAAGCAGUUGGAUUUUGUGGCUCUACGAUACAUCACCCCAUACACG